GCAGAUUCUGCAAUGAAACAAAGAAAACAAAGAAUCAAAGCGCAAAUCCAGAGAGGAAUAAAAACUGGGUACCCUCUUCUCUCAACUCUUUUUAAGACACCCAUUAUUAUUACAGAGUGGAAACAUACCCAACAUCACCACCAACCUCGGAGUUUGUUCCUCCCUCUCUCUCUCCAAAUCCCCAUUUCUUUGUUUCUGAUUAUUAACCAAUAAUUCCCUCAAAGCUCUAAACUUUAAGGCCAAAACUCUGUUGGGCUCCAAUAACAUCAACAAGUGGCUUUUUCAUUUUUCUGUUUUCAAACUUGAAAGCCAUGGACGUGGGUCAGAUGCAGAGACAGUGGCUCGACUACACCAGAUCCUUGUUCAUCGAGGGUUUCUUGGAUAAUCAGUUUCUGCAACUUCAGCAGCUCCAAGAUGAGAACAACCCUGAAUUUGUUGUUGAAGUUGUGUCUCUCUUCUUUGAUGAUUCUGAGAGGCUUCUCAAAGAUCUUAAUUUUGCUCUGGAUCAGCAAGGUGUUGACUUCAAGAAAGUUGAUGCUCAUGUUCAUCAGUUAAAGGGUAGCAGCUCAAGCAUAGGAGCACAAAGGGUGAAAAAUGCAUGCAUUGCUUUCCGCAACUUCUGUGAGGAACAGAAUGUAGAAGCGUGCCUUAGAUGUCUACAACAAGUGAAGCAAGAGUAUUGCCUUGUCAAGAAUAAGCUUGAAACACUUUUUAGGCUUGAGCAACAAAUUGUUGCAGCUGGCGGAUCAAUCCCUAUGAUGGAACUGGGUUUCUAAGGGAGUGGAUUAUUAUAUUCCUGGAGAUACUUUAAUUGUGAUCCUCUUCACCAUUAUUAUUGUUAAAUAUUAUCUUAGCUUGUAUGGAAUGAAUGAAUUUCUAUGAGGAGAAAAGCUACUUGGUGGUGUGUGUAAUCAAUCUAUUGCAUGUUUUGGAAUGAAUGAAGGUUAUUUGAUCAUAGCACCAAUACAAAUAAUACUUGGUCCAUUGUUUUCUUC